AUGUCCGGGGUCAUGGUGCUACCAUACCGAUCGUGGCACACAACAGGGUGGCGUCGUCAGCUGCCCGAGGACCGAAUCGCCCCCGCCGACACCAGCAACAAGAGGACCCAGGCUCCCUUCUUGAGAAAAAACGCCGAGGUGUCCAUCAGGGGGGAGAGGCGUUUCUACCUGCCGAUGCCAUCGCAGACAACAGCGGAGGAGAAGAAGGGGCGCAUCAAGCUGCGGUGGGCUUGCUGCCGAUACUUCACCGUGAUGUCCAUCAGGGGGGAGGAGGCGUUUCUACCUGCCGAUGCCAUCGGAGACCACCGCGGAGGAGGAGAAGGGGGGCGGCAAGCCGCGGUGGGCUUGGUGCCGACACUUGACCAUGGUGUCCAUCAGGGGGAGGAGGCGUGUCUACCUGCCGACGCCAUCGGAGACAACCGCGGAGGAGAAAGGGGGCGGCAAGCCGCGGUGGGCUUGAUGGCGACGCUUGCUGCCAACACCACCGAAGUCCGCCAUGAUGAGCAGGCAGAAUCAUCACAUCGCCCAGCACGCUUUGGAGAUCGUGCGCAAGGGGGUGGUGGGGCAGUGUUGCCAACGGGCCUCUUCGGGUAUCUUGGUGAAGAAGAGGAGAAGAUGGAGGAGGAAGAGGUAGUGGAGUCGGCACACACAUCCAACCUCACAACCGGACACGCGGGGCAAGAGCAGGGGACUCUGCUACCCGCCGGCCUUCUCGGCUUUCUGGGGGGCGUGGAGGAGGGAGAGGCGGCGCCUCGAGUUGGUCAAUCAUGCGAGACGAGCCGUCAGCACCAGGAAGGGCGGCAGCAUGAACCAAUCAUGCUGCGAGAGAGGAUGCAGGCCGGCAACGAUCGGGUGGGGCACCGCGAGAGUGCGGCCGGGUGGUGGAUGGACGAAGAGAAAGGUUCGUACGUGGCCGCCGCUGGCUUUAGUCGGAUCGAGAGCAAGCCACGGGACGAACGCUUCUCAGGCGAAGUCUGUUCCGGAAGGACGAUCGGUGCUACCGCAGACCAGGGCAUGCGGGCGGAGGCGACGGGCUUGGAGGGCCGUGCUAUGCGGGCUGAGGGGCGUGUCGAUAUGUUCGAUCACCGUCUUGAGGUUGGCGUUGGGGAGCACCUCUGGACGAAGGAGGACAAGACAUGUGAAGACGUUGCCGCCGGCAUGCGGCAGGAGAAGCUUGUGUUGCAGAACAUGGACGGCAUGACAUCGCAUACUCUAGAGGCCAAGGCUGAAGGCAAGGGUCCGCCGUUGCCAUCACCGAUGAAGCGGGUCCAGACGCUGAAUUCCAUCCUAGAUGACUCGCCAUCGGGGAUCGCCGCAGGCAAGGGACCGUCAGCAGCGACGGCUCGGGACGGCAGCAUCGCAUCGAUGGCGUUAGAGGCCAAGGCCGAGGUGAAGGGAGAGGAGUUAGAGCAGGUUCAGGGUCUUCAGGCCUUCUCGCGAGGCGUUCGGGCGGAGGGUGAAGCUCUUCCGUGUAUUCCGGAGGGUCGAUCCGCGACGGUCGCGGCGGGAGGGCUACCGUCGACGGCCGGGCCGGGAGACGGGCCCUCGAUCCGCGCGCCGUCCGUGGGACAGACUGACCGAGCUGACGAGCAGACUCGUCAGUCGGCUUUGACGAGUCUGUCGAGGCAAGUCGGGUGGGGAUGGCGACAAAGGGGUAGCAUCAGGCGCCUAUUCCUGGCCAACCUCGCUGAAGUGUGUGCCUCCGGUCAGGUGCAGAGCUUCGCGGUCAAUGCCCUGAAGACCGCGGACAUGCCUAUGGUGCUCGCGCAACCGCUUGGGUACGGGUCGUUCGGACGAGUGGACGACGUGUCGUACGCCAGCCUCCCCGGCCAGUCGUUCGCCAUGAAGACCAGAGCAGGUUUGGCAAGGAGAAGUGUUGCGCUUGAGACACAAUCCGACCACCUCUCGGCCAACACCCUCCAGCUGGGCCCCAACCAGGCCGCCAGUAUGUCGGCGAGGUUCUGUGCGUUGGUGGAGAUGACGGUGUUCGCACGGCUGGUGGUUGACCUUGCGAGAGGGGUCCACCAUAUGCACUCCAUGGGACUGGUUCACCGGGAUAUCAAGCCGGGAAACGUCUUGGUAUUUGAGUCGGAGGGGCAUGGGCUGCAUGCCAAGCUGGCGGACUUCGGGUUCACCGCAGGAAAGCCACACCCCAAGAGCUUAUGA